AUGGGUAAGGUAACCUGGUUACCUGUACAGAAAUUGAUCAAAGGAUGGACUGAUAGUAGCCUAGGAGAGUUGAAUAUAAAUGAUAGGAUUGAUAACAUGCAAAAAAGAGACCGUUAUAGAGGGUCUAGAUAUAACAAUCAAUUGGGGCCAUAUAGAUGGUCAAGAGAAAAUUCCCAGGGAAGACGAAUGGAAAUAAGGCCAGGUUUUAAUCCACGGGGGAGAGAAAAUCUAAAUUGUUAUAAUUGUGGAAAACAGGGCCAUAUGGUAAGAGAUUGCCAAGAAACGAAAUGUUUCGAAUGUGGAAAAUAUGGACAUAUAGCUCCUUAUUGCCCGGGAAAACGUGAUAAAUUACGUUGUGCGGGUUGUGGACGAUUUGGUCAUAAUAGGGAGGAAUGCAAUGUUGCCAAUUUCAAUACAAGGGGCGGUUUUCCACAGAGAGGUAUGGCUCAAAUUGCUCCAAAUGUAAGAAUGCUUGAAAGCGGGAAAAAUAAGGAUAUAGAAAUAUUCAAUUUAACGGAGAAUAAAAGUUUAAAUAAUAUAUUUCGAUGCCGCAAGGAAGGACAUAUGGCGAGAGAAUGUCAGUAUUUGUGA